AGACAAUGCGCAUGCGUCGAUGUCUGUUCGUCUCGGUACUAGGUAAUGGCAGGGGACAGAUGGAUCUUCACGAAAUCGCAACUUAUGAAUACCCCAAGUCGAAAAUGUGGUAUAGACGCCGACAAGGAACUUGACUAUAGACAACAGGCAGCAAAUUUGAUACAAGACAUGGGUCAAAGACUUCAAGUAAAUCAGCUGUGCAUCAACACAGCAAUUGUGUACAUGCAUCGUUUUUACAUGUUCCAAAGCUUCACUCGAUUCCAUCGCAAUGUUAUGGCUCCUGCAUGUCUCUUUCUGGCUGCCAAGGUGGAGGAGCAGUUGCGGAAGUUGGAACAUGUGCUGAAGGUUGCUCACAUGUGUCUUCACAGAGAGGGCCCAGCCCUUGACGUCAAGAGUGAAACAUAUCUUGAACAAGCUCAGGAACUUGUAACCAAUGAGAACAUUCUACUUCAGACAUUAGGUUUUGACAUGCAGGUUGACCAUCCUCACUCUACUGUGGUAAGAACCAGCCAGCUUGUGAAAGCUCACAAAGACCUCGCCCAGACAUCGUACUUUCUCGCAACGAACAGUUUGCACCUAACGACGAUGUGUCUCCAGUACAAACCAUCAGUAGUGGCCUGUGUGUGUAUUUAUCUAGCCAGCAAGUGGUCCGAAUACGAGAUUCAGGAAUCGCACGAAGGUAAAGACUGGUUCUGGUAUGUCGAUGAGAACAUUUCUCUGGUACUGUUGGAAAACCUCAUGCAGGAGUUUCUGGAUAUUCUGGAAAGAUGUCCAAGCAGACUGAAGCAAAAAAUAUUAAAAUGGAAGAGUGGCCACAGAGUUGAAGAAUCGUUUGGACCUCCACCAGAAAAACGACAUCGAGGUGAAUCUACAAAUGAGCCUGCCGCGGGAACAAGUCGAACUGCUGAGAAAAAGUCUGAAUCAAGUCUGAAGCAUAAAAAACCCGAGAGCGCUGCAUCUCACGGACAAAGUGUUUCCAAAACAAAACAUUCUGAGCCUGGUGCAGACACGCCAAAAGUGACAACGCAUUCCAAUAAAGUCUCCAUGCCUGCGAGUCGAAGUCUGGAAAACCCCAUCCCGGUUGCAAAAUCUCAGGAGCUCAAUUCGGUGCCGGAGUCUGCUGCUAGUGCGUCGGUGCAACCCGCCGAAGUGCCAUCUGCUGGCCAGGUGAAAAAGCGAGAAAUGAUCGAAAAGAUUUCGCUGAAAGACUAUAAGCAAUACCGCGAGUAUAAAGAAAAAAAGGAGAGAGAGAGUGCAGCAGUGUUGCAGUCCGCUGACAGGUCGACAGAAAGUGAACUGAGGCCGUCGGAGCAGUCAUCGAAACAAAGUGAAAGCCACAGAAAAGAACAGUACCAGCACGAAAAACAUGUUAAGAGUGAACCGAACCUGAAAAUACAAAAAAUACAAGUGUCUCCAGAAGUCCGUAAGCACGAUAUAGGUCAUUUAAAAAAGGAAAAGAGUGAAGCCAGCGUCCGUGUAAAGGCUGAAACUGUUAGUGUGGCAAACAAAAUGCAGAGAAACUCUUCUGGAGAUCACGUGAAGAUGGAAGCUUCGGAGGUUAUUAAUCCGUUGAAGCUGCAUAUAAAACGAGGGGAACAAGGCACGCACACGGUGCAGCCGUCGGGUUCCCCGUUGAAGAUAAAAAUUAAAACGCAUCAUUCAAAGGAACACAAAAGUGAGCGCCAUUCUAAGUCUCGUGAUAAGUCGUUGACCGAAGAACCUAAGCCAGCGCUGAAAUUAAAGCUUACCGAACAAAUGUUGAAGAGUCACAAUCAACAUAUAGAGAAAAAGUCGAAACACAGACGUACGGAGAGUCAGAGCUCUCGAGAGGCCAAACAAACGGCCACCCACCAACCCGAAACAAAUUCCGAACGGCUUAAUUCUUCUCAUCCAAAGCACACAGGUGGCAAGUCUCGGAGUUCGAGCAAGCACGCCUCCGAAAAGACAAAAACUGUGUUUUCUCCUCUGGCAGGUGGUAGUAAUUCCCUGGACGUUUCUGGUGCUACAAACUCAACUGACAUUUAUGGUGAGGGUAACGGGGUGCACAACCCGUCUGCCCUCGACGACGCUGGGGUCAGAGCUAAUGGGGGUGGUUUCCAUUCCCCACAGAUUCCGUUGACACCAACGAAAGAAAACUUGGGUCAGCUGAACAUUCAGCUACAGCAGCUGAUAAAUCAGUCGAAGCUGCACAUUGCGCAACAGCAGCAGCAGCAGCAACAGCAGUACAAUCACCAACCACUCCUCCCUCCACCUCUUCCACCACUUCCAUCAAAUCCCAUGCAUGGAAUGUAUCCUACUGACUACAUUGCACACCCUGUAUAUCACGGGGGUCCUCCCUUGCCACAUGCCCCACCUCCACCGCCACCUCCAGAAAAUCCUCCCCCACCACCACCACCUCCACACCAAAGUUAUUGACCAAGAAGUUUUCUAGGUCAAUAAGGGUAUAUCAACUUGUGAUUCAAUAUGAAAUGCUGGGUGCAUUUGUUUUGUGUUCUGUACAUAUAUAUUUUUUUUUAUGUAAAGUAAAUGUCUUUCCAGAAAAUAAA